GUUUGCUCGACUUUUCUGGCCAGCCCGGCGCUGCUCUGCUGCUUCUGCUGCUCCCCUCGCACAGACCCGUGACCCCCAACGCGUGCAGCUCCUCCCCGGUCCGCAAACAUGAACGACGUCGAAGAAAUCGAUCUCUACGAGGUGCUCGGCAUCGGCAACAGCGCCAGCAAAGUCGAGAUCAAGAAGGCCUACCACAAGGCUGCACUCGCACACCACCCCGACAAGGUCGCCGUCGAGGAGCGCGAGGAGGCCGAGAUCCGCUUCAAGUCCGCCAAGCAGGCCUACGAGAUCCUCUCCGACGAUGACAAGCGCCAGCUCUACGACACCCACGGCAUGGCCGCCUUCGACCCCGCCCGGGGCGGCGGCGGGCAGCCGGACAUGGACGACAUCCUCGCCCAGAUGUUCGGCGGCAUGGGUGGCGGCAUGGGCGGCGGUUUUGGCGGUAUGCCCGGCAUGGGAGGCUUCGGUGGUAUGCCCGGUGGCCCUGGCCGCAACGUGCCCAAGAAGGGACGCAGCGUAGAGCAGGAGUACGAGGUCACGCUGGAGGAGCUGUACAAGGGCAAGACAACCAAGUUCUCCAACACCAAGAACAUCGUCUGCAACCAGUGCGAGGGUUCCGGUGGAAAGAAGGGCUCCAAGAGCCACGACUGCGCUGUCUGCAACGGACGCGGCGCAAAGCAGAUGCUCCGCCAGGUCGGCCCCGGCCUCGUCACCCAGGAAACCGUGGCCUGCACCAACUGCCAAGGCUCCGGCCAGAUCAUCCCCGAGAAGCAGCGUUGCAAGAAGUGCAAGGGCAAGAAGGUCGUCGAGUCCAAGAACGUUCUGGAACUGUACAUUCCCCGCGGUGCACGACAAGGCGAGCGCAUCGUACUGGAAGGCGAGGCCGAUCAGCUGCCAGACCAGGAGCCCGGCGACAUCAUCUUCACCCUCGAGGAGGCUGAGCACGAGACAUUUGAGCGUGCUGGCGCUGAUCUGCGCGCCAUCUUGAAGAUCUCGCUCGCCGAAGCGCUGACGGGCCUCAACAGGGUCGUCCUGACACAUCUCGACGGCAGGGGCAUCCAGCUCAACAUCCAGCAACCAAGCGGCAAGGUUCUGCGACCCGGCCAGGUUCUCAAGGUCCCUGGCGAGGGCAUGCCCAUGAAGCGCAGCGACGCAAAGGGCGACUUGUACCUGCAAGUUGACAUUGAGUUUCCCGAGGACGGCUGGCUUGCCGACGACGCCGCGCUGCAGAAGGUCAAGGAUGCUCUGCCAGCGACGAAGACAUCGGACGAGAAGCACGAAGAGAUCGAGGAGGUCGAGCUUGACUUCGACGCCGACAUGGAGGACUUCGGUGCCGGGUCAGGAGACCCUCGCGCCGGCGGCGCUGAUUGGGAGGACGAAGAGGAGGAGGCUGGCCCCCAGUGUGCUACGCAGUAAGGCGUGCCCGC